AUGAUACUUGCAAAAAGGAAUAAAUUAUUUACCUUAUCAUUUUUAUUGAUAGUAUAUGCAAAUAAUGCAACCCUUUCAAGUGUCAAUGAUAAAAACAAUAAUAUAAAUGUCACCCCUACAAGCCAAGAAAAUAAUGAGGAAGAUGUUAUAGAGGAAAUCGAAGAUGACCAUAUUAAUAUAGAUGACCAUAUUAUUAUAACAGAUGAAGAAGAUGGAAUAAAUAAUAUUAAAGAGACAUAUUUUAUAAGAAAAGAAAACUAUAAUAACAAACCACAAAAUAAUCCAAUUGAAGAUUUAAAAGAACAACAAAAUUCUGACAAUGUAAAAAUAGAUGUAUUUAAUUUUACGGAUAACGAAAAAGAAACCAUUAAAAAUUUCCAAGAAGAUAUGGAAAGUAACAAAAUGAAUAUAAAUAACGAAGAUGAUUCUUUUUUAGGAAAAUUAAUUCGUAUAAUUCCAAACAUAGCAAAUUUUGGUAAAAUAAAAGAUUCAAAUUCUGAUCAGUCCGAAAAUCAAAGUGAUGAUAUUUCAGAUGUUAAUAAAACCGUAGAAGGUGAAGAUGAUGAUACUGUACAUGUAAAUAUAGAUACUAAUCAAGAAAAAGGCGAUAAUGAAAAUACAGAUGAACAAAGUGAAAUAUCAACAGAACCAAGUAAUGAUAUUAAUACACAAAAUGAACAAACAAAUGAUACUAAUGAUGUAAAAGAUGAAGAAGAAGAUAUUUCUGUUAGUAAUGGGAUAACUACUCUAAGUUUAAAAAAUAAUGAAACCUCAAAUACUACUAUUGAAAAUAAUCCAGAAAAAAAAAAAGAAAAUAAAGAAGAUAUAAUAGAUCAUGCUGAUAUAAUGCGUAUAACAUUGUUAGCAGAAAAUAGAAAUCUUAAAGAAACAACUAGGAUACUAGAUGAAGCAGUAUAUAAGAUUGAAAGGUUUGUUUUAAAAUGUAAAUUUUAUAUAACUGCUAUUACUAAUUUUGUCAAAUUUAAAACUAAUCAUAUAUGCGAAUAUUCGAAAUGUGGUGACAAUGCACGAUGUUAUAUUAUUGAGAAAGAUAGGCAAGAAUGUCGAUGUUUAGCUAAUUAUGUACGAGAUACUAGUGUAGAAUAUUUUAAAUGUGUUCCUAUGCCUAUUAAAGAUUGUAAUAAUAAUAAUGGAAAUUGUGAUAAAAAUGCUGAAUGCUCAAUUAAAAAUAAUAAAAUUAUAUGUCAUUGUUCAUAUGAUUAUUUUGGAGAUGGUAUUUUUUGCGUCCCGAAUUCACAUUACAAUAAUUUCUUACAUAUAUCCCUUAUUAUAAUUGGUUGCAUUGUUCAAAAAUUUCUUUUUUAA